UUUUUAUUACGGGUCGCUCCAAAACCGUCCAUUCUUUCCCGCUUCUCGAUCUCGUCCGUUGCGCCCUCCUGUCGAUCGAGUUAGCAAGGGAUGAGAAGUCUUUGCGUCGGACGCCGUCGCUUCCUGCCGCGAACGCCCGCUUCCCUCCUCCGCGGGAGAUCCAGACCCAGCCGCGCAGCUGCAACGAUGGUGACGCUGGUGGUGGCCACCACUGCCGACCCGGCCUCCGUCGGUCCCGCCUCUGCCUUCCUCGCCAUGCCUGGAUGGAACCCCGGCCCUGCCGUCGCCGCCGGGAUGGAGAGCUUCGCGAACCGGGCGGUGCGCCUGUUGAAACACCAGACGAGCAUCGUCGAGGAGGACUACCUCGACCGCCGCUGGGAGGCUGCCACCGGCGAGCACGUCGACGAGGUCAUUUUCCUCAGCCGCCACACCGCGGUAUCCAACCGCCCCGCCCUCACCGUCCACCCCAUCGGUGUGCCGCACGUACGGGAGGGCGAGCCCCUGCCGCAGGGAGGGCGGCCGGGCUGGGCGGGGCCACCGAAUCCUAGGAUCGGACCGUGGCUUCGGCUCAUGAAAAGGAUUGCCCAAGAAAAUGGACUCAUCCCGGAGUUUGAGAUUACUCUGGAGGCAACUCAUCACGGACCUUUGGUUAAUACACCUACCAUGUUCCUGGAAAUUGGGAGCACAGAGGAGUACUGGAAGAGGCAAGAUGCCGCUCAAGCUAUGGCUUUACUUCUCUGGGAAGGACUCGGUGUUGAAGGAGGUCCUAGUGUAGGAAAUUGGGGCAGGGAAAAUCAGGGAAACAAAGUUCUUCUAGGGUUAGGAGGCGGCCAUUAUGUGCCUCGACAUAUGGACAUUGUUUGGAAAGAUGGUGUUUGGGUUGGUCACUUACUAUCUGGAUAUGCUUUACCGAUGGAAGAUCCUAACCAGCAAAAAGAAGAUAAGGGUGAGAAAGGUAUUGGAGGAGCAUGGAAGCAAGCAAUUAAAGUUUCAUAUGAGGCUACUAAGACUGCAUUUCCAGGUGGUGAGGUCAUAGCGCAUCUUGAUCACAAGAGUUUUAAAAGCUGGCAGAGAAAUGCAGUCACAAACUUCUUGACAGAGGAGAGCAUAAAGAUGGGAAAACCAGAGGACUUCUUCUAGUUUCUUGGUAUUCUUAUGCCUAGUUUCACAGUAAAAGAAGGAAUAGGUUUAUAGCUCUUUUCCAAUCGUUGUUCAUAUCAUCCAAGAUUAUGAUUCUGCUGCUUGAAUGAUUUUUGUGAUUCAUGAAUAACUAAAGCUCCCUCGGUCUGCUGACAAUGUUGAUGUUCUGUGUUGCAUGGUUGAAAACUAAAGCUGUUCCGCUGGUUCGGUAAGCUGUAGACCUGAUAUCAUCAUUCCCUCGGUUUGAGAGGCAGUCGAUGAUAACAGCGGCUCAUCAUUAAUCCUGUCCAUCGUGCUGUGAUAGUUUGGUGCUCGCUCCUACGGCCCAAAGCAGCCGUGGGUCCAUUAUUGCAGUCGACAUCCCCGCACGGAGCAGUUCAUCUGCAUGGAGAAGUCGUGGCUCGCGAUGGCCUCUUCCUUCUUCUUCUUCUUCUUCUUCUUCUCCUAUGGGAGCAGCUGGCGGCAGUCGGCGACGACGGCCUCCAACAUGGUCCAGCCGUUCGACGUGCCCACCGACUCGAACGCCUUCACCACGUUCAUCUCCUCCGCCACGCGGCCGGACACCGAGAGUUGUCGUUCAGUCACGGCUACUUCUCGCAGAUGAAGAACUGCGAUCCGUUCAUGCCCGGUGGUAGCGCGUCCCCUUGUAGUGCAGCGGCUUCCCGGAGCGCCCCACGCCCCUCUCCCUGGUGCACAGCGCCCGGAAGUUCUCGGCCGUCUUCGGUACCACGUCCGAGUACAGCUCCAUCACGAUCCGCCGUCUUCACUAUGGCUCUGAUCGGAGGUAAGAAGACCGGAUCACUUCUAUGUCGUUUUUGUCUCGCAGACGUUCGUCCGGUUAUAUGGGGCGAGUCUAGAGGAAUCUGAUCCGUCCAUCUGGACACGUGGCAAACAAGUAAUGAGGGUUCGAAAGGGUAUAUUAUUGGAAGAAGAAAAGGCGUGGAAGGUUCGAAAACCUCUCGAGUCAAUCCCAAGUGAGCCCGGAAAGACAAGGAGGAGUCCCAGUCGGACUGGUACGAGGAUUCAUCCUACACGUGGCCGCAAGGUAGGGAUUUCUAUAUAAGCAGUUCCCUUCUCUUUCCCAUGCACAGUCGAUCCAGAGUUCGCCCGUGCCCUCUCGAUCGCCCUCUUCUCAUCUCCGCCAGACAGAGAGAACGAGAGAUGUGGCCGCUGGGGGAGCCGCCGACCGAUAAGGAACUCGAGGUGGCUCGCAUUCUGUGCGAUCUCGAGGAACUCAUCCUCGAGGACGAAUUCCGCCGCAGCAACUUAUCCCUCGUCGCCGGUACGUCUAGCUGGGGCACCACGAAGCCCCGCACUCUUCCUCCUACUCUUCCAAGUCUACCUUAUAAUGUUCCUCACCCUUCGCCUCCGACGGCCUACGAGGGGGGAGGAGACGGCUGCGGGGGCCCGCGCUCCGCCAGCCCCGUGACUCCAUUAUUGUUUUCUGGUGGCAACGGUGACAAAGACGAAGCCGGGCCGAGCGCGGUGGCGACCUCGGGUCACAGCAGGCAUAUUGUGGAAGACGGCGCCGGGUCGAGCGCGGCACUCCCCUCACUUCCGGGGAAUCGUCCUGAGCACAACGACGGCGUGGCGACCUCGGGUCAGGGGAGGCAUACUGUGGUCGACGACGUCGGUCCGAGCGUGGCGCCGCCCUCGGUUCUGGGGAAUCGUUCCGAGCACGACGACGCGUUAGCGACCUCGCGACAGGAGACGCACACUGUGGACGGCGACGCCGGGUCGAGCGCGCCGCCGCCCUCGGUCCCUCGGAACCGUUCCGAGAACAACGACGCCGGGCCGAGAGGCGCGGCUCCCUUGCCUCGGGGGAAGCAGUUCAAGAACCCCAAGCGGUGGUGCAAGGAGGCGGCGGCUGCUCCUGCUCCUGCUCCUGCUCCUGAUCAUCACAUUAACCUGGACCUGGAGCUCCGCCUCUGCCAGCCAUCACCACCGGCACUCGUCCGCCAUCCGACGCUCGCCAGCGUCCGACCGCCGGAAGAGACGUCCGAGGCGUUGCUGUGGGGAUGGGAGCUGCAAUUGCAGAUACAAAGCGAGGACAGGAAGGAGGCGUCGAGGUUGGCGAGGAAGCGGAGGAUGGAGAUACAGAGGGAGAAGAAGAUGCAGAAGAAAGCAAAGCGAUCCGACUGAAGCGAGGAGGUCGUGAUGAUCGCUACGUUGCUUCCUCCUCCACAUAGACUCCCUUUCUUUGGUUUCUUGUUGGAUUCCGACUAUAAAUUCGAGACUAUACGAAUGAAAUUGAAUUCAAAGAGCAAAAUUCUAUUCA